AUGGCGGCUUCGAACGAGCAGUCGUAUUUGGCCAUUCUAGGCCCUGUGGCCUUCUCUCGGUCCCGUAGCCGUGCACUGGCUCUGGACAUAGGUGCGGUUGAUAUUCGAGCACAAUGGAUUCACUAUGUCCACACAUUCCAGCCUCUGCAGCCAGUCCAAGAAGCGGUCCUCGAGCAGCUUCUCCGAUAUGGCGACAUUGUCGAUAUCCCCCCUUCAUUUCAAUCCGAUGACGGCGGCGUUCAGAACUUCUACGUUUACCCUCGAGUUGGUACAAUUUCCCCGUGGAGCUCGCAGGCAACUGGAAUCUCACACGUCUGCGGUCUUUCGACAUACGUGAGACGCAUUGAACGAGGCUUGAAAAUAUCAGUAUGGUUUUCCGAAGGGGCCCAGCCAAAGAACGGAUACUUGGAUCGUCUACAUGAUAGGAUGACACAGGUCAUAAGCCAGGACGAGCCUGACCUCGCAAAUAUGUUUUCAGACCACCCGCCACAACCCUUGGAGACGGUUCCUCUCCACGCAGGCGACAAAACUCCCAUCGAAAUUCUUCAAGAUGCCAACAAACGCCUUGGCUUGGCAUUGGACCAAUCCGAGAUUGAGUAUCUUGCCAAAGCAUAUGCGUCGAAUGGCCCUGUGCCUCGCGAUCCGACCGACGUCGAACUUUUCAUGUUUGCCCAAGUCAACUCCGAACACUGCCGCCACAAGCAGUUCAAUGCAUCAUGGGUCAUCGAUAAUAAGCAGAUGCCCUACAGCCUUUUCUCGAUGAUUAGAAAUACCCAUAAACAACGUCCGGAUUAUACAGUCAGUGCUUACAGUGAUAAUGCGGCCGUAUUGCAGGGCGAGAAUGCCGGAUUCUGGGCCCCUGAUCCCGCAACCAGAGAAUGGACCCAGACGCGGGAGCAGGUUCAUAUUCUGGCCAAAGUGGAAACACACAACCAUCCGACAGCAGUCUCACCGUAUCCCGGCGCUGCCACCGGCUCUGGGGGAGAAAUCCGAGACGAAGGAGCCGUUGGCCGGGGUUCUCGACCGAAGGCCGGAUUGUCAGGGUAUUGUGUGUCGGACCUUCUCAUACCAGAGCUACGUCAGCCGUGGGAGCUUGAUGUGGGGAAGCCUCACCACAUAGCAAGCAGCUUGGAUAUAAUGUUGGAAGCGCCGAUUGGAAGCGCAGCUUUCAAUAACGAAUUUGGACGCCCCUGCACGGCUGGAUACUUCCGGACUCUGCUCACCGAGCUUGAUAUAGGGAAUGGCCAGAAGGAGCUUCGAGGAUACCACAAGCCUAUCAUGAUCGCUGGUGGUGUAGGCACUGUCAGACCUCAGCAUGCACUCAAAGAUCCCAAGUUGGUUAAGCCAGGAUCUUUCCUUGUGGUCCUAGGAGGACCAGCGAUGCUCAUCGGGCUUGGUGGUGGCGCCGCAUCCAGCCUCGCCUCUGGAGAAGGUUCGGCAGAUCUGGAUUUUGCCAGUGUUCAACGGGGAAAUGCAGAGGUUCAGCGCAGGGCCCAAGAAGUUAUCAAUGCUUGUGUUGCGAUGGGCGCAGAGAAUCCAAUCAAGUUCAUUCAUGACGUCGGAGCUGGUGGCUUAUCGAACGCCCUUCCAGAGUUGAUUCACGACGCUGGAUUGGGUGCGACUUUCGAUUUAAGGGAAGUUGAUAGUGCUGACGGGGGUAUGAGCCCCAUGCAGAUAUGGUGUUGCGAGGCACAAGAAAGAUACGUCAUGGCGGUUGGAGAGGAUGGCAUGAACAAGUUCACCGCGAUUGCUCGACGUGAGCGCUGCGGCUUUUCGGUUGUUGGAAGGGCCGAGCAACCCCAUGAAUAUGAGGAAAAGAGACUAGUUCUUUUGGAUAGGGAUUCGAAGGAGUACCCUAAGCCCAUUGACCUUCCGCUUUCUGUUCUAUUCGGUAAACCGCCGAAGAUGACACGAGAAGUUGACUCACGAAAGUUGACACUGCCAGCAUUUGAUGCUAGUCUAUCAACUUAUCUACCUGCAGCGCCAUCAGAGCAACACUUGUUUGAAGAGGCUGCAAGCAGAGUGUUGUCUCUUCCUGCAGUUGGAUCAAAAUCUUUCCUCAUCACAAUCGGAGAUCGAACUGUAGGUGGUCUUACUGCCCGAGACCAGCUGGUGGGACCCUGGCAAACACCAGUUGCAGAUGUCUCUGUUACAGCCACUUCUCUUACUCAGGGCAUAAGAACCGGAGAGGCUAUGGCAAUUGGCGAAAAGCCCACACUUGCCUUGAUUUCUCCAGCAGCAUCCGCUCGCAUGGCUGUCGCAGAGUCUUUGAUGAACAUCGCAGCUGCGGACAUGUUUGAUCGCUUGAGUAGGGUCAAGCUCUCAGCAAAUUGGAUGUCAGCGAGCAGUCACCCAGGUGAAGGCGCAGCGAUCUAUGAAGCUGUUGAGGCUAUAGGCCUGGAGCUUUGUCCUAAAUUAGGAAUCAGCAUUCCCGUCGGAAAGGAUUCUAUGUCUAUGAAAAUGAAAUGGACAGACGAAAAGUCUAAGGAUGCGCGUGAAGUUACCGCACCAUUGUCUGUUGUCAUUUCCUCUUUCGCGCCCGUUGCAGAUUUCAGAAAGACAUGGACGCCUACUCUUCGUCGUCUUGAGGACGUCGGCGAAUCUGUUCUUAUGUUUGUUGAUCUUGCAUGCGGUCGGAAAGCCCUUGGUGGUUCCGCCGUAGCUCAGGUCUUCAAACAGGUUGGCCAUGAAAGCCCUGACAUCCGCGAUGUAGAGCUUUUCAGAGACUUCUUCGACGCCACGCAACAACUCCAAGAUUUAGGGAUUGUUCUAGCAUACCACGAUCGCUCUGACGGGGGUCUCUUCACAACUCUGGCGGAAAUGAUGUUUGCUGGCCGAUGUGGUGUUGAGAUAAUGCUCGAUGAAUUGCAGAAAGGCGGGGAUAUUGGCAGCUCUAUCGAAACUCUUUUCAACGAAGAACUCGGUGCUGUCUUCCAGGUCCGAAAGGAGGACGAAAUCAAAUUCCGGUCUUGUUUCGCAACUUGUGGCCCGCCCCCUGGCUUGAUCAGACGCAUUGGUCGUGUCUCCGAGAGAGCGAAGCAAAACCUUACCAUCUACCACAAACACAAGUUAAUUUACCGCCAACCUCGGGGCAAGAUCCAACAAAUCUGGUCGCAUACGUCUUACCACAUGCAGAAGAUUCGAGACAAUGCAGCCUGCGCCGACCAAGAGUUUGCCAAUAUACUCGAUGAUAGAAACCCUGGUCUGUCUUGGAGACCCAGUUUCGACCCCAAAGACAAAGGCCUUCCUAUUCUCGCCAGCUUGAGCCAGUUAUCACCCUUUAGCAAUAAGCCUCGUGUGGCAAUCCUUCGAGAGCAGGGUGUCAACAGUCAGGCUGAAAUGGCAUUUGCUUUCAACCUUGCUGGGUUCACUGCUGUUGACGUUCAUAUGACCGACAUAAUUUCUGGGCGCGUUUCACUCGCUGCCUUUGUUGGUCUUGCUGCUUGCGGUGGAUUCUCAUACGGCGAUGUUCUUGGAGCCGGACAGGGCUGGGCUAAAUCAGUUUUACUUCAUGAAGAAACUCGCAGAGAAUUUCAAGCGUUCUUUGAUCGCCCUGAUACUUUCGCUCUCGGAGUGUGCAACGGUUGCCAAUUCCUCUCACGUCUUAAGGCGCUCAUUCCCGGUGCCCAAUCCUGGCCAAGCUUUGAGCGAAAUGCCAGUGAACAAUAUGAAGGUCGUGUUGCCAUGGUUCAUAUCUCCGAUCCGGAUCCUUCUGCACCUUCUGUGUUCUUGCAUGGCAUGGGUGGCUCAUCACUCCCGAUUGCCGUGGCUCACGGUGAAGGCCGUGCAUCCUUUGCAUUGACUCCAAAUGUCACUGCGCAGGACUUUGUACGACACAAUCUUGCUCCAGUUCGUUACGUGGACAACGCCACUCUCAAACCAACCAUGACGUACCCUUAUAACCCGAACGGCAGUCCCGAGGGUAUCGCCGGUGUUAGGACGCCCAAUGGCCGUGUCCUUGCCAUUAUGCCGCAUCCUGAACGCACUGUUAUCGGCGGUGUUGCUAGCUGGCUACCGCCAGACGCGGAGAAAUGGGGUGAUGUUGGCCCGUGGGGACGAAUUUUCUACAGUGCUCGUAGAUGGGUCGGCUAG